UUUCCUCAUUUUUCUUCUUUGCUUCCUCAAAUCUAAAUCUAAAAUCUCUGUCAUCAGGGAGGGUAAAGCGCGGAUCAGCUCUUUGCCCGCAUCUUAUUGCCCAACAAUAACAUAAAAAAAAAUGGAGUCGUGUCCUUCCGUUAAAAAUAUCCUUCUUCUGGAUUCUGAAGGGAGCCGUGUUGCUGUUAAAUAUUAUUCAGAUGAUUGGCCGAAUAAGAGUGCUAAGGAAGCCUUUGAGAAAACUGUAUUUACCAAGACUCAAAAGGCAAAUGCCCGCGCUGAAGUGGAGAUAGCAGUGUUUGAGAAUCACAUUGUUGUAUACAAGUUUGUCCAAGACCUUCACUUUUUUGUUACUGGGGCUGAAGAUGAGAAUGAGCUCAUGUUGGCUACAGUUCUUCAAGGGUUUUUUGAUGCAGUUGGCCUUCUCCUAAGAGGAAAUGUGGACAAGAAAGAGGCACUGGAGAACUUAGAUCUCAUUUUGUUAAGCCUUGACGAGAUUGUUGAUGGAGGCAUCAUUCUAGAAACUGAUGCAAAUGUUAUUGCGGGGAAGGUUGCUAGUCAUAGUAUAGAUUUGGAUGCUCCUUUGUCUGAGCAGACAAUAAGUCAAGCACUGGCCACUGCCCGGGAACAUUUAACAAGAUCUCUCCUUAACUGAUGUAAGGAAAGAAGCAAGGAGAUUUAUACCGUUACAAUUCUAGUUUUAGUAUUGUUGUGCCGUGGCUGAUAGCCAUCCAUUUUGCUUUCAUAGUAUAAGUGGAUGAUGAUGCUAAAUGGGCUAGCUAAUGCCCUAUUCUUAUUUCUUACCAAAUGAUUGGUGCAUUUGUACCAUUUUUCAUGUUUUCAACUUGUAAACCUUGAUUUAUUCGAACAUUAAAUGCAAAUAAAAACGACAGUGACAGGAAAUUGAUUUCAAGGUAUGGAUGUUAGCAAAUA